UUGUGCGGGGAGAGGAGGAGGAGGGUGGUGGGACGUGCCGCUGCGCGCCGGGACGGUGCCGCGCGGGGGGUGACAGCCGCAGCCCGGCGGGUUGCGGGGGCGGCUCGGGGCCGCCAGGCUGCGCUCUCGGUCCGGCCGCCGCGCCUGCCGCCCUCCCCGGGCGACCGGGGCUUGGGGCACGGCGGAGCCUCGCCGCGAGCGGGCGGUCCCGGGACGGCGGCGGCACCACCGGCGGCGGCACCUGCGGCGGCGGGGAAAGGCAGGGCUCGGCGGCCCGCUGCGCGCCCCUCGCCCGGCCCGGCAUGACGCGGCGGCGCCCCGGCGACGGCGGGAGGUGGGUGCCGGCAGCCCUGGCCGCGCUCCUGGCCCUGAGAGGUCUGGUGUGUCCUCUGGAGGUGUCAGUCAGUUCAGGGAGCAUCCAGGUUGCCCGAGGCCAGACAGCAGUGUUGCCCUGCACCUUCACCACUAACGCUGCUCUCACUAACCUUAAUGUCAUCUGGAUGGUCAUUCCUCUUUCUAACGCCAACCAGCCUCAACAGGUUAUUCUCUACCAAGGGGGUCAGAUCUUUGGUGGUGCACCCCAGUUCUAUGGGCGAGUGGGGUUUGCUGUGACAAUGCCAACCACCAGUGCCUCCAUCUUCAUCAACAACACUCAGCUAUCGGAUACUGGCACGUACCAGUGUUUGGUCAACAACCUUCCCGACCGAGGCGUCAGGAAUAUUGGAGUCAUUGGACUUACUGUCUUGGUUCCUCCUUCUACCCCGCUUUGCAGGAUCCAGGGGUCCCUGGACGUUGGCAGCGAUAUCACACUGACCUGCAGCUCAGAAGAAGGCAUCCCCCGGCCUACAUACCUCUGGGAGAAACUGGACAAUGUCCCCAAGUUGCCCCCAACUGCCACACAAGACCAAGUCCAGGGCACUGUCACUCUCCGAAAUAUCAGCACUGUGUCCUCAGGUCUUUACCAAUGUGUGGCUUCAAAUGCCAUUGGAACCAGCACUUGCCUUCUGGACCUGCAAGUCAUUGCACGUAAGUGUUUUUCCAGGGGAGGCUUGGCCACCUGCUUCUGUCUUGUGACAGUAAGGUGUGUAACCAUGUUUGCUGUGAGCCACCACGUGCCUCUCUAUCAGAAGACAAUCAUGCCCUGGAAUGGGAACAUUGCCUUUCUCCCCUCCCAAGCCAUGGUAGCUUCAUGUGCUUACAGAUGGCCACAGCCCAUGCCUGACUCCUUCUCCAUGCUCUGUUCAAUCAUCUCCACAGCUCAUCCACGGAGUAUCGGCCUGAUUGCAGGAGCGGUGGCCACAGGUGCCGUUGUGCUCGUUGUUUGCAUUGUGUUGGUGGCUGUAGCACUGUUCUACUGGAAAAAUAAACACAAAGAAGAAGAGGAGGAGGAAAUUCCCAAUGAGAUAAGGGAAGAUGACCUGCCACCCAAAUGCUCCUCUGCCACAAAGACCUUCCACGCUGAUGCGUCCUCAUCAGAGAACGACACCCUCACCUCCUCCAACACCUACAACAGCCGCUACUGGAACGACCCCAAAGCCAACCACGCCACGGACUCCUUCACCCGCUUCAGCAACAGCAACGAUGCCCACCAGCCCCCCUUCUCCCGCUCAGGGAGCACCAGUGCCCGCCCCGUCUACGCCAACGGCGGCCACCCGUCCCCGGCUCCCCCUAAGACACUGGUGGUGACGGCCAGCACGGCGCCGUCGCCUCAGGAGGUGAUCCGGAGCAACGGCUCUGUCAGCAGGAAGCCCCGGCUGCCGCACACCCGCUCCUAUGCAGUCAGCCAGGCCACGCUGGAGCGGAUCGGGGCUGUCCCCGUCAUGGUGCCCGCCCAGAGCCGGGCUGGCUCCCUGGUGUAGGACUGUGGUGGCGGCUGAGAGACGAGCAAGGAGCCUCUCACCCCUGGUGGGGUGAAGAGACCCUACUCCUUCCUGAAAGGCAGCAAGGUGGCGGGGGGUCACACACUUACCUCUCCACCUGCCCGCCCCUCUGGAGGCUGCUGCCAGCUGGUGGGACAGCCCUGUCCCAGCUGCUUUCCCCCCAGCUGCUGGAGCUCCCCGUGCCAAUGGACGCCACAGAUGUGCCAAGGCCAGAGGAGCAGGGAGGUGGGACGUGCUCCCGGGCUGCUGGGUCCCAGCUGCGACAUGCGCUCGGGCCUGACCCUGGGGGGAACUUUUGCGUUUAUUUCCUGUUGGUUUUGUUGGGGACUGAUUCCAUCCAUUUUGGUCUUUCAGGGAGGUUCGGGAGAUAUAUAUAUAUAUAUUAUUUUUUUCCGUUGUUGUUGCUGUUUUGUUUCCAAGAGGACGACAACCUGCGUGGGGGCAGGGAAGGCUGAGCAGCCCCAGCUUCCCAGGCCCUGGCUCUGCUGUUGGAUCAGGGAGUACUGUGCACCAGGGCUGGGUGUGGGGAGGCAUGGGACAGGCUGGAGGGCCAGAUGAAGGCACAGCCACCAGCCCAGGCACGGGGAUGGUUGGGUGAGGGUGUGGACUGGGAAGCAUUUGUCUUUAUUUUCUACAGUUCUUCCCCCCACCUCAGCACACACAGACACACACUGGCACACACACACAGACACAUGCAGCUCCUCAGACCGGGUGUUUCUCCUGCACUAGGUUGGAGUGCCACCAGAGCCCUGUUUAUAGCUGUGGAGGAUGCAGCUGUCUGAGCAUCUUUCCCUGAGACACUCGCUCGGUGCAGGGUGAGGCUGCACCACUGCUGCUGCUGUUGCUGCUGCUGCUGCUGCUCUAGGGCUUGGAUCUCUUUUUUUCCUUUUCUUGGAAUGUUGCUGGGGUUAUUCAGGAGGCAGGGUGGUGUGGUGGAGCACCAGGCAGGUUCCUGCGGCAUCUGUUGCCCCUGGGCUGCUCUGGUUUAGGGCAAGUGACUUCAAACCCCACAACUUUGAUGUUUGCAUGGUGGAUUUUAUUCAUCAGGCUAUGCAGGGCUGGGCAGCAUGGCAGGGCACAUGUUGUGCUUGGAGCCUUCACAGAGAGGCAUCAGAGUUUUCAUUCCUGCUCUCCCACGUGCACAGACAUGUCAGCAGGAUUUGUUUCCUGCUUUAGAAAGCAGAGGGUUAAUGGAAGCCCACACACUAUCUCUCUGCCUCCCCCAUUUUCCCACAGCAUCCUGGGACUGGGUACUGGUGGCAUCUGCCAGUGGCCCUGCCAUCUCCUUGCAGCCUGGCAGGUGGUUGUGGCUGGCACCUCUACUUUUUUCUAUUGCAACUAAAUAGCCUUAAUCAAAGCCAAGAGUUGAAACCUCUGAAGGAACCUGAUGCCAUUUGGAGGGCUGGACUGAGGGCUGGGAUUUCCCCUCCUAGAGAGCACUGGUUCAAAGAGGCCAUGCCUGGAUAGUGGUUUUGGCCCUCCUGCAUAACACCAAGCCUUGCGCAGGCAAAGGCAGUGAUCACCUCAAAAAGCACCAGAGCCCUCCCAGGUCUGCUCUUGGAAAAGCAAUGUGGGGAGUCACAGGUGACUUUCCAUAGUUCUCACAUUGGAAAAAAGGGUCUGUUCAAGCCAACAGACUCUUCCUCAUCCCCACUUUCCUUGUCCCGGCACGGCUUUACUUUCCCUAGCAGUGCACAAACCUUGGGCAGGGCCUUCUACCUGAGCAGUACAAAUGCAAGCACAGACUCUGAGGAAGAGGAGGGAGAGGUGAGGGCUGGGUUCCCACAUGGACACACUGGCUUUUUGGGAGACGGGGAGCUCCCAAGCAGCACUAGGUUUGAAGCUUGGCUGAGAUUUUGUGCCUUCUUUUCUUAAAAUAAAUUAAAAAAAAAAAAAAAAAAAAGGAAAAAUAAAAAAGGAGAUAAAAAAUUUCCAACUUCCCUUCUUUCUCCCUCUGCAGCACUGCAUCCAGAAUGUGUGCAACCCCCCUGGUGGUGCAGGCAGGCGGUUGCUCUGUGUGCACACAUUUCACUGGAGCACUCCUGUUUCCUGCCGGUUUGCUCGCUUUGCUGCUGGGUGGUGGGAUUGAUGGGGGAAGAAGAGUGGCUUUAGAAACCCUAAUGUGGGAAGAAAAAACCCCAAAACAAUCAAAGAAAAGCCCAGACACAUUCUCUCUGCUUUCGAACAACCCCUGUGUGACAUUUACAGGAACACUGCCCUCAGCAGGCGCCCUCCUCUGUUGGGAAAGCUCUUCUGGUUCCUACCCUCCAUAAGACUGUUUGCUCCUCUUUCUUUGUUCUUUCUAAUUGUAUAAAAUUCAAUAAAAUUUUAUUCAUAUAAAAAAAAGAA